UGAAUGUUGUAUCUAACUAUAUGUAUAUACCUAUUAAUGGCGCACAAAUUCUAUAUUGUUGAGGAUUAUUAUUUUCUGAAAUUUAUUGGAAAAAAUGGUUAUGAUUAAACUUGUACGCACUGAUACAACUGAAGCAAGUAAAAUUAAUUUAGGUGUUGGUAUACAUAUAUUCGGGAGAGGUUCACUAUUGCAGUGCGAUGAUAAACGGGUGUCUAGGAAACAUGGUCAGUUGGAAGUAAAGGAAAGAUAUCUAAGUAUUAAAGCACUUCAUCAUAAUCCAUGUUUUUACACCAAGGAUUGUAACAAAGAUGUUAAGGUAUUGAAACACAAUGAAGAAAUUGAUCUUGAUACAGGAGAUUGUUUUGGUCUUUUACCUGAUAAAUAUUGGUUUGAAAUCAUUGUAUGCCCCGAGUCAGAGAGUGAUAUUCAGUAUAAAAACAUUAAUACUGUAGCACCGGGAAGUUUAUGUCAGACUCGAGGUUUAAAUGAAAAUAAUAUUGACAACGAAACAAUGUAUGAAGAUAAUUAUGCAGACACAGAAGCUACCAAACAUAAUGAUGAUCCAGGAUCUCCUUCUUUAAUUUCAUCUGAAAACCAAUUGCCAAACAUUGAUAUAGCUGAGAAUCUGCAAUCUAAUAUGAGCAACAAAAACACUACUGAAAACAGCUUCCACACUACAGAAGGAAAUGAAAGAACCAGCAAUGCAUCUGAAAACCAAUUGCCAAACAUUAUUGAACUAGCUAAGAAUCUGGAAUCUAAUAUGAGCAACGAAAACAGUACUGAAAACAGCUACCACAGAAUAGAUGAAAAAGAAAGAACCAGCAAUGCAUCUGAAAACCAAUUGCCAAACAUCAUUGACGUAGCUGAGAAUCUGCAAUCUAAUAUGAACAAUGAAAACACUACAGAAAACAGCUUCCACAGUACAGAUGAAAACGAAAGCAAUAACAAUGACAAUGUUAUGAAUGCAAAUGACAAUGAAUCGAAUAAUACGGAAAAUUCCAAUGUGGAGGAAUCUAAAGGAACAACAAAACGGAGCCAUAGUGUUGAUGAAGAUCAACCUAAAAGAAUAAAAAAAGAGCCACUGGAAAUAAAACAAGAACCACAACCAGGACCUAGUGAUCAUAAUAUAGAGGACACUUCACCUUCCAAAGACUCGACCUUAUCACCAGCACACAAACCACAGCAGACAGUGAGAGAAAGAUGUUAUUAUGGUGCAAACUGUUAUAGGAGAAAUCCAACCCACCUGUCACAGUUCAGUCACCCAAGAGACAGUGACUGGGGCAGCAGUGACAAAGGAAUAUGUCCAUAUGGAGCAAAAUGUCUCAAGCCAGAUCUGAGACACUGGGCGCUUCACCAACACCCACCAGGAAUAUCCCCUCCACCUCCCAGACAAGCUAUACAAAUUCAGAGACGCGAUAAAACAAUCUACAUUUACGCGCGCACUGUGAAUGUUUAUGAUGAUUACUUGCAUGCGGAGGAUUCUGAUGGAAGUGUUGACCUUGAUUUUGACUUUUAAACAUUUAUUUUGGUAUAUAAUCGCGUGGAAUUUAAAGUCGCGAAAAAGAAAAAUCAUGGAAAUUUUUUGAUAAAGAAUAAAAUUGUGUAACAGGUAAGACAAAGAGGAAAAAGCGUAAAAUAAGUGAAGAUGAAUUACCUGAAGAUUUAAUAUUGGACGGGAAGAGAGAAAGAAAAAUUGUAAAGAGAGAUGAAUAUAUUGAUUCGGAGCCCGAGUCGGAACCUGAUCCGUUUGGAA